AUGGUCGCUCCACCAACAUGGGUUCCUCCGCUGUCCUCGUCGGCCAAGGCGGAGGAUUCCACGUCGAGCUCGAGCUCGAGCUCUCCCUCCCCGUCCACGUCCCCUUCGUCCUACCUCUCGACCGUCCCCGGUGAAUUAGCCUUCUUCCGAGCGCUCAUCUACCAUCGACCUAUCGGCCCGGACCGCCAUUGGGAGAUGUUGUCGGUCGCGCUCAAGUUCCGCAACUACUGCCGCUCGCGGGUCAGCGAGGGCUUUGAGGAGUACCGCGACGCCGAGAACGUCGAGAUGCGGCAUUUUUGGGACAAGUACGACGAGUGCUAUGACCUCGCUGAGCUGGAAAAGACGUGGGAGGAUGAGGUCGGUCCGCACUCGCUGACUGUCCAGGCGACCUCGCGGAGCUCGAGCUGACAACCCGUUCCCAAUGAUCUGAAUCCCGCCUUCCAGCAAUACGAAGAAGACUCCAACUCGGAGGCCAACUCGCCUCCAGUUUCGACAAGAUCGGAUGUAGGCGCUCCCCAAGAAGCCUCUUCUCGCAAAUCGUCGACCAAGCCGCCCUCGGCACCCGCAUGGAUCUCUCGUCGAUUCCCACCCCGCCCCUUCUCACUUCUCGUCUCUUACCCUCCCCCUGCUUCUUCUUUAUCAUCGACCGUGACACCACCCGUCUCGACAUCGAGCAAGGCGCGGGGCAGAUCCAAAACCAAGGAAGACGAGUCCCUUGCCGAGAUCGAUCCUAUGGCUCCCGAAUCGAUGUUCAACGAACUCCUGGUGCAGAGGAAGUUGCGCAAAAAGGGCGACCCAGCCAGCCCGGAAUUGGGACCCGUUAGAGAGUUCUCCCUGACGCUGCCAGAUGAUAGUGAUGACGAGGAGAAGGAGAGUGGCGCCGAGUCCGAUAAGAAGGAAGAGGAGGACGAAGAGGAGGACGAAGAAGACGAGCGGCCCAAGGGCAGGAAGCGUGCCAAGCGCGAAUCAACCACGACUUCGACAAGAGCAGGUGCAGGUAAAUCUACGACUAAGACCAAAGCGACCAAGAAAGCGGCGUCGGACGACAAGGCUGCGGGUGCGGGCGCAGGCGCGGAUAGCGAAAGCGACCUGACGGACAUGAGCGACGAAGACGAUGGCAACGAGGCGAGCGAGGCAAACAGGGAUGACGAAAGGGAGGACGAAGAUGAAGAGCGGGACGAGGAAAAGAGUGGGUGCAAGAGCUUGUCACUCGGGCUCGCGCGGUGCAACUACACCCGCUGACUGAUCGCCGUUGUCCACUUUAUCUACAGCCACUGCCGCCAGCAAAGUGAGCAAGCGGUCACGACACACUCGCUCGUCGUCGGUCGCCACAGCUCCCGAGCAAGAGAGUGUAGGGCGGAGAAAAACGCAAAUGUCGGUCUCGGCCAAAGCCGAGCCCAAAGCGAAGCGUGGAGCUGCGAGCAAGGUCAGUUUGGCAACGACUCUUCGUAAUCAUCCACAUGCGCUUGCUGAUCGUUCGAACUUGGUCAUUUUGGCACUGCAGAAACGAUAG